UUUAUUUUAAAAAAAUUUAAAAACAUUGAAAAUAAAAACAACCAAUACUUCACAUGGUAUAAAUAAAACGCGCACAUCGCAUGUGUCGACAUUUCCGUUUCAAGGACUGAAACUUAUUUUGUAUGAAAAUUCCACAAUGAAGAAUGCUAACGAAACUAUUCAAAAAAUAAUGGAUCAUCAAGCUUCCAAAGUACCACCAAAUCAUUUGAUGCGAAAAACAAAUGAGUAUGAAAAAUCACACUCUCUCAUCAAAACAACAACAUGCCAUGAGUGGGGAAUUCAAGCGGAAGUGACCCAAUUUGUGUGGCCAUUUAAUUCUUUUACCAUCUGCAUAUUAUUUUUCGCAAGCUGUAUUCCCACUCUUGUUAUUUUACUGAUUCCCAUUUUACUUUUUUUCUUCCUUUUUCUUUUUUGUCUUUUACCACUUCUCUGCUACCUUGUAUUACCUUAUAUUGGUCAUUGGGUAACUGAGAUGCUUACGGAUUCCUUUUCGCACAAAACAUACGAAAAGUCCUCAAAAGACUCUAUGACUCAAGCGUCCCUUGUAGAACCCCAUGUUUCUCUUAAAUACCACCCCAAAUCUUUUUUCUCUUUUCUUGAUAUCCCUUUGCAGCAUAUGUUUGAUGGAGAAUUUUGGAAAAUUUUAUUGUUUCAGUAUAUGAUGGUUUUUAAAGAACCUUUUACUAUAAUGUUUUUGCUAACGACAAUCCCAUUAGUUUCGGCGUUAUUUAUUCCCUUAUUUUUCAUUACAGCUACGCUAUUUUUAUUUUCUUUUCCUCUUUUAUUUUUACUACCUUUCUUUUUAGUAUGUGCAUUACCUCUAGCGGUAACAUCCACUUUCACACUUUUACCUUUAUUACUUUAUACGACACCGAAAUCUUAUUAUAUUAUGUUAUACCAUAAUUUUAAAAUAAGUGUUAAUAAAGCUUUCACAUCUGUAAAGCGUCAAUUCCCAACUAGUUUGUCUUAUUAAUAUUAUACCUUUUAAUAAAUAAAUAUUAUAUAUUUUCCUACAAAUAACAACUCCCUACUUUGAUUGUUUUUAUAAUCAUGAAUAUAUUUGUUUUCAAGUCCUAUUUAAUAUUUGUAAAAAAUAAACGACAAGAGUGAUUUACAACAACAA